AUGAUUAAAAAAAAUUUUUUAAAAAGAUUUCUAAUACAGGAAAUAAGGAAAAGAUUCGAGAGUACAAAAUCAAAUUCAGUACUUAUAGAAAAUCCUCAUCAAAUUCCCGAAAAGCUAAAGGAAGUUCCGACAAAGGAAAAUCCAUCGUUUGUCGAUAUGGUAGAAUAUAAUUUUCACAGAGCGGUUAAAAAAUGCGAACCUUAUUUUAUGGAAGUUCUCCUCAACAAUGAAAGGGUUGCUUCGAAAGAAGCCGAAAAAAGAGUUAAAGGAAUAAUCGGAGUCAUGUCACAUUGUAAUGCAGUUUUAUCGAUAACUUUUCCAAUUCGAAAAGAAAAUGGAGAAUAUGAAAUAAUAAGAGCGUAUAGAGCUCAUCAUAAUAAUCAUAGAGAACCGGUCAAAGGCGGAAUAAGAUUUUCAUUGGAUGCUGAUGCCGAACAUGCCAUGGCUUUGGCUGCACUUAUGACUUAUAAAUGCGCUUGUGUUAAUGUUCCUUUUGGUGGAGCCAAAGCAACUGUACAAAUCGAUCCAGCAAAAUAUACUGUUAGAGAAUUAGAAAUGAUAACAAGAAGAUUUUGUUUAGAAUUAGCCAAAAAAGGAUUUAUAGGUCCUGGACUUGACGUACCUGCUCCAGAUAUAAAUACAACAAGCAGAGAAAUGUCUUGGAUAGCCGAUACAUAUUCUAAAACGUUGGGUUACAGAGAUAUAAAUGCACAAGCUUGUGUCACUGGUAAACCCAUUAAUCAGGGUGGUAUUCACGGACGAAUAUCUGCCACGGGAAGAGGAUUAUUUCAUUCCAUAGAUAAUUUUAUUAACGAAAAAGAGUGGAUGAGUUUGAUAGGUUUAACUACAGGUUGGGUUGGGAAAACGUUUAUCGUUCAGGGUUUUGGUAAUGUAGGUUUUCAUUCUGCUAGGUAUUGUUCCCGUGUUGGUGCUAAAUGUGUAGGAGUUAUAGAACAAGAUUGUAGUAUAUAUAAUGAAAAUGGAAUAGAUGUUAUAGCAUUAGACAAGUAUAAAAUUCAAAAUGGUACGAUAAAAGGAUUUCCGGAUGCAAAAAUAUACGAGGGUGAUCUUCUCACAGAAAAAUGUGACAUACUCAUUCCGGCAGCAAAGGAAAAAGUAAUAACGUUAAAAAAUGCUGAUAAAAUUCAAGCGAAAAUAAUUGCUGAGGGUGCUAACGGACCCACGACUCCCGCAGCCGACAUUAUUCUCAUGGAAAAAAAAGUCCUCAUCAUUCCCGAUUUAUAUGUGAAUGCUGGAGGAGUAACCGUUUCGUAUUUUGAAUGGUUGAAAAAUUUAAAUCACGUUUCGUAUGGAAAACUCACGUUUAAAUACGAAAGAGAUUCAAAUUAUCAUUUAUUAGAUUCCGUUGAAAAAUCACUUAAAGGUAAAUUAGGUACUGAUUUAAGAAUACGUCCGAGUGAUUCGUUUAGAAAAAGAAUUGCUGGAGCAUCGGAAAAAGAUAUCGUACAUUCUGGAUUGGCGCAAACAAUGGAAAUGGCCGCCAUUAAUAUAAUGAAAGUCGCAUUUAAAAAUAAAUUAUAUCUCGAUUUAAGAUUGGCCGCUUAUAUGUGUUCGAUUGAAAAAAUUUUUUUAACAUACGAAGAAGCCGGUUUGGCUUUUUAA